CGUCUUGCCGACUAAUCUAAUCGUAGAGGUUCUACGUAAUGUAGGGCUGAGCAGAAAUUGCCUGAGGAGCUCGUCAUUUCCUUCGUCCAGGUGAGGAGCAGAUCGAGCCGUUCGCUUCAUUUCUCCUCUUGUCUGCUCUGCUGCCUGUCUGCCACGAACCACCUCCACGUCUGAGAGGAAGGAGUCAGCCAGGUCGAGAUCGAAACCACCACCGCCUCCGCCACCGCCUUCGCCUCCGCCGUUGGGGCUCAUCAGCAGUUCGCGGGGGAAAGAGAGGGCGGCCGCGAUGUGGGUGGAGAUCCUGUGCGGCCUCUUGGCCUACAAGAUCAUCCAACGCGUCUUCUUCGCCGGCGGCGACGACGCUUCCUACCUCGCCGACCUCGACUCCUCCCACUCCGACCUAUGCUUCGCCGUCGCCUCCAGGCUCGAGAAGCUCUACGCCGGCCGAUGCUUCGUUGGUCUCCGCAUCCCCGACCCCGACGCCGGCGAGCGCCAGCAUAUUGACGUUGUCCUCGUUACCAAGAGGGAGGUGAUGGUGGUAGCGAUCAAGAACUUCUCUGGUUUUGUUGAGGCUGACAAGGAUGGAAAUUGGUCUUGCCCAACUGACAAGAAGCGUAAGCAAGAGAUAUUUCCGAACCCUGUAUUAGAAGUUAACAGACUAGUUGCUAGUCUUCAAUCAUACUUGGAGCAAAGGGGAGCAAAAUUGCCUGAUGGGCAUAUCGUCGGGAGAGUUGUUCUGCCAAACCCCAAUUGCAGGCCUUCGUAUACUAUAAGCAUCCAACCAGAGGUCAUGUUGUAUGAGCAAUGGAAGGAUCUCAAGACAGACUCAAAGAGUGGACUCUCAGCAUGGAUUAAAGGUGCAUUUACUGGAAGCAAAAGUGACAUGCAAGAUUCAGUACUCCAGAAUCUACAUUUUAUUCUCAGCUCAUCGCCUAUGUGGGACAGGUUGGAACUCAGAGGAGACAAAAAUGUUCUUGGUGAAUUCAUUGAGUUCAAAGGAAGGCAUGAGGACAUUCAACUUCUCAAAAAUCUCAAGAGGUCAAAAGUCAGUCGAUUCGUCAUCCAGAAGUCAACUCUUUUUGGUGGUUUCGGCAGGUCACGAGUUCAAAUAUUGUAUUCUCCUCGUGAUUAUCGAGCUGAGGGGACUUCAUCUUCAGAGUGGAAAGAGAUUUCUGUGAAGCAAUAUACAGAGAUUGUUUUCCAGCCACUGCAUUCCAAAAAGGCUCGGAAGUUCAAGCUGUCCAGUGUUGUUUCUGUCACACUGAGUGCCUAGCAAGCAGAAGUUUGCCUCUCAAAUUUAGGCUAGCCACAAACUCAUCAAUUGUGUGCUGCUCUGUUUCCACCUGUAAUUAUGUGUCUGUUCUUGAUGAUGAGGGAAGUGACUUAUAGCGACGCCUAACUGCUUCGUACUGUUGCCUGACUGUGUGUGCGCUAUGGUAUGGGGACCUGAUUGAAUCUUAGACGGGUUAGUAAUCCCGGUGAGGGCUGGUCAGUCCAGGCCCAGUUUCUUUCCUAGUGCUGCCUUGCCUUCUAGUGCUAGGAUUUGAAUGGUUGUUUUCUGUGGUCAUUGUUGUGCAAACUUUGAAACAUCUGUUUCCUUUAUUAACAUGUCUGGUGCAAGCCAAACAUUGCUCGGCUUGUUUGGAA